UCCUUUGAAUCUGACAAUAAUUAGAUUCUAAAGAAGUUAAAAAUAUUUUCUUCUUGGUAACUGAAUUGUGGUGUUGUUCUGUUAUUACAUCGUCACCAUCUAAACAGUAACAAAGUCCACUGAACUGAUAUCAGAGGUCAAAGGUCUCUGCUGGCUGAAGAACUGAUUCUGCUGAAACUGCAGAAAGAAGAGAGACGAAACACAGCAUGAAGAGAGAGGAAGCAGGAUUUUAAAAAAACGUGACUGAUACAGGAAGAAAUAUUUCACAACUGACUGGAAAGAAAGACUGAAAGAGACAAAGCUUUAACUGCCAGAAUAUUCAACAAAUGGACAGAAUAUAAACAUAUAUUUAACAAACUGACUCCUGACACAAUAAAGAGUUAGAGAAUAAUUUAACAGAGAGAGAGAGAGCAGCUGGUUGGUGUUUAGGUUUAACAAUCAAGAACAGAUUCUGACUGACGAGGAAAAUAUUUGCAGAACACCAAGAGAAAAUCUCAAUCUGAUCAGUUCUUCAGUCCAUCAGUUCUUCAGAGGAAAAUGGCUGUCAGCUCCCCGAGAGACAAGUACUUUGGUGUCUGGCUGAUUUUCUUCAUGCUCGGUUUGGGAACGCUGCUGCCCUGGAACUUCUUCAUGACAGCUACCAUGUACUUCACCAGCCGUCUGAAGGACUCGUCAUUGGUCGAUUAUUCAGCCAAUCAGACAGAAGCAGAAGGUGAACAUCGCAGCAUUCUGGAGGCUAAAUUCAACAACGUGAUGACGCUGUGCGCCAUGCUGCCGUUGCUCCUUUGCACUUGCCUCAACUCCUUACUGCACUCACUUAUUCCUCAGCGUCUGCGAGUGAUGGGCAGUCUGCUCAUCAUCAUGUUUGUCUUUAUGGCCACCGCUGUCCUUGUCAAAGUUCCUCUCGAGCCGCUGCCCUUCUUCUGUGUUACCAUGGUGAAGAUCAUCAUCAUCAACUCAUUCGGAGCUAUUCUCCAGGGCAGUCUGUUUGGGAUGGCCGGCUUGCUGCCGGCUUCAUAUACGACUCCCAUCAUGAGCGGUCAGGGACUCGCUGGAACCUUUGCUGCCUUCGCCAUGAUCUGCGCCAUCACAAGCGGCUCAGAGCUUCAUGAUGCAGCGUUCGGUUACUUCAUCACAGCCUGUGUUGUUAUUCUUCUGUCUGUCCUCUCCUACAUCCUGCUGCCUAAACUGGAGUUUUUCCAGUUUUAUCAGCAGAGAAAAAGGAACCAGAGACCAGAAGAAGAGAACUCUGUAAAUCUGAUGAACCUUGAGAGUAAAGGUGAAGCAGUUGAUCCAAACACACACCAGGCUGUCUCCUUGAUUAAAAUCUUUAAGAAGAUCUGGCUUUUGGCUCUGUCUGUCUGUUUCACCUUCACCGUCACCAUCGGCACGUUUCCCGCCAUCACCGCCGACACCAAAUCCACCCUUGCUGACGGAGGCUCCUGGGAGCGGUACUUUAUUCCCGUCAGCUGUUUUCUGCUCUUUAACCUGUGUGACUGGGCCGGCCGGAGCCUAACGGCUGCCUGUAUGUGGCCUGGAAAGGACAGUCUGGUACUUCCCCUGUUCAUCGUGUGUCGUCUUGGCUUCCUCCCUCUCUUCAUGUUGUGUAACGUUCAGCCUCGUCUACACCUGCCUGUCUUCUUCCAUCACGACGGCUGGUUCAUCUUCUUCAUGAUCCUCUUUGCCUUCAGUAAUGGAUACCUGGCCAGCCUCUGCAUGUGCUUCGGUCCAAAGAAUGUUCUUCCUCAUGAAGCAGAAACAGCCGGAGCCAUCAUGGCUUUCUUUCUGUCUCUGGGUCUGGCUUUAGGAGCCGCUCUGUCUUUCCUCUUCAGAGCGCUGGUUUAACUGGUUUAACUGGACUAACUGGAAAACUACAUCUGUAUUACUGGACUAACUGGAAAACUACCUACUUCUGACUGGUUUAACUGGUUUAGGAAACCACCUGCUUACCGCUGGAGUAACUGGAAGACAAACGUUCUGUUUGUUACUGGUCUGACUGGGAGAAAACCUUUUAUUAAAACCUUUGUGUUUGGGGUGCAGGGUUAGGUACAGCUGACUAUCAGAACCUCAAAUGUUGAUGCUAAAUAGCUUUCUAAUCAAAGUCUGCAAAACAUUGCUGUUCAUGGCCGUGUAAAACAAAGUCAACGUUCCUUUGUUUUGAAUUAUUUUUAACUUGUUUUAAAUAAGUAACGUACUUAACUUAUGUCACAUUUCAUACAUAACCCUAACCCUACAUAACAAACAUACUUUUUUUUAACCCAAGUCAUCAUCUUUUUCUUAAUCCAACCAUGUGUUUAAUGGUGACUGUUCCAUGAGUGCUCUGGUCCUAGAAACAUUCACUGGAAACGUUAGCUGGAAACGUUCGUUGGAAACAUCAACAUAUCCUAUUAUAGUUUAUAUUAUACCACAAUAUUAUAUGGUAAUACCUCUUUAAUGUCAACUGUUUAAUGCCUGCAGACCGAAUCCAUCAGCAGACAUUUGGUGAGCUUGACUCCCGUUGGUUUAAUAUUAAUAUCAGAAUCUGUUGCGCUUUUUGGGUUCUUGGAUGAAUUAAACUGAAAAGUGAAGCAAAUGCUGAAGUGAGAAAGCCCUUUCUGGUUCAUAAGUAAAUGGUACAUAUAUAAAUGUUAUAUGAUAUUAUACUUAGGUGUAAUAAGUGUAUUCAAAGCUUCACAGCUGCUCAUCUCCGACAUCUCAAUGUGUUUCCUGUCUUUUAUAUCUGAUUGUAUCUUAUGAGUGCAAUAGAAAAACACACAAAUGAAUUAGUUAUGAAAGAGAAAAUGUUAUUAAUCAUCACAAAGACCCAAACAGAUAUACUUUUCUAUUCACAUUAAACAGUUUACUGUCUAAAGUA